GGUCGAUGUUCCUACCCGGUCCUUUAUUUUCAUUGAACACCGAAACAUGGCGGCCAAUUUAGAGCAAAUUUUCCAGGAUUUUAUUCUCCAAAAGAUCCGAGAGAUCGAGGAGCAGAAGAAAGAGAGAAGCAGCGAGGCCGCCGAACCGGACCGGGAAGGUCCACAUGAGGAGGCGGCAAAGCAGAGUUCUCCUAGAAACCAGGAGCAGGAGCCGUGGAGGAGACAGAAGAAACACAGGAGCAAGAAGAGGAGGAACCAGGAGGAGGAGGAGAGCAGCUGUGAGUCCGCAGCAGAGAGGGAGGAGGACCUGAAGCUCCGGCCAGGGAAAGGAGAUCCGUCUGCAGAGACCAAAGACCAAGGGGAGGAUCAUGGCAGGAAGUCCAGGUCCCACAGAGAGCGCUCGGCGGGAAAAAAGAAGAAGAAGAAGAAGAAAAAGAAAAAGAAGAAGAAGAGAAGGAGAAGUGAAGAGAACACAUCUGGUUCGGAUUCAGAGGCGGCGUCGCAGCAGAAGGUUGACGGACGGUUGCAGCUGCCGGAUAUAAUCCCCAAACAGGACAGCUCCAGUAAAGCAGGUGAAACCCGACUGGGCAGCAGGAGCCCGUCUUCUCCGCCACAUUUCCAGGGAGACGUCCCCCCGGCGCCGGGACACCACUGCCAAAGCCCAGCGCUCCCCUCACCGUGCCAUCCCACUGAAACCAGGCUAUCUGAGAACCAGAGAGGAAAUCCUCACGAAGUGGUUCCCUCGGAGAGGCUUUGUUCUCCUGAGAGAGAGUUCGGUUUGUCCCAGAGGUCCCCGCGGGCCGAGGAGAGGACAGAGUCGGCUAACGAUCCAGACCCUUCCAACAGACCAGGUUCCGGUUCAUCUGAACGGCAGAGACCCGUAGAACCGGACCAGAAGCCAAACGUCGUUCAGCCUAAAGCCUCAGAAAAGUCCAGGUCCAAGGACAGGUCACCUUCAGGGAAGAAAAGGACUCGGUCCAGGUCCCCGCGCAAGGACAGAGGAAGGAAGUCAUCCAAGAAGGGGAAAAGAUCCAAAUCCCCCUACAGGAGUUACCGGAGGAAGUCCAGAAGCCGCUCGGCAAGGAGGAAGUCCAGGAGCCGCUCGGCAAGGAGGAAGUCCAGGAGCCGCUCGGCAAGGAGGAAGUCCAGGAGCCGCUCGGCAAGGAGGAAGUCCAGGAGCCGCUCGGCAAGGAGGAAGUCCAGGAGCCGCUCGGCAAGGAGGAAGUCCAGGAGCCGCUCGGCAAGGAGGAAGUCUAAGUCCAGGAGCCGCUCGGCAAGGAGGAAGUCCAGGUCCAGGAGCCGCUCGGCAAGGAGGAAGUCCAGGUCCAGGAGCCGCUCGGCAAGGAGGAAGUCUAAGUCCAGGAGCCGCUCUGCAAGGAGGAAGUCCAGGUCCGGGAGCCGCUCUGCAAGGAGGAAGUCCAGGUCCGGGAGCCGCUCGGCGAGGAGGAAGUCCAAGUCCAGGAGCCGCUCUGCGAGGAGGAAGUCCAGGUCAAGGUCAGCCCACCGGUCCUCCCGGAGAACCCGCUCACGCUCGGCGUCGCGUGGCCGCAGGAGGCCCCCCUACAGCCAGAGGGACCGCUGGAAACGCGAGCCCAGCCGCUCCCCCCUUCUCAUCCUGCGCAAGAAGCGGUCGCCUCCGAGGAAGGAGCGCAGCGCCAGCCCCAAGCGCAUCAGUGAACUGGAUAAGGAGCAGCUCCUGGAAAUAGCCAAGGCCAACGCCGCCGCCAUGUGUGUGAAGGCCGGCAUGCCCGUCCCCGCCAGCCUCAGGUCGGCCAUGCUGCCUCUGGCGCUGCCCGGCGUAGCCAUGAACGCUGCCAUGGCCAGCAUGACCGCCGCUUCUGUGACGGCGGCGCUGUCCAACAUGGGAACUCUGUCCUGGCUGCUGCCGGUGCCCUCUGUCAGUAACAAGCCCGUCCAGGCCAACAUGGCCGCCCUGGAGGAAGUGAAGAGGAAAGUGGCAAAGCAGGCUAACAGUAUUAGCAUUAAGGAGUUUACUGAUAAAUGCAAGAUGAUUGCAGACAGCACAGGAGAGCUUCCUGUGGCCCUACCUCACGUUUCAGACGAAGAAGACGAUGGAAAACUCUUCGGAGGAGCCGCCAUUCGAGAACAAAAAGUCAUCAACUUCAAUAUAAGUAACACGACGGUGCGCCCGUCGGCGUGGAGCGACGUAGACAUGGCCAAGGAGUUUCCUGUGUCGUCGGGGUCCCAGCAUCGUAAGAAGGAGGGCGAGGGAGUGGUGGCCUAUGGAGAGUGGGUUCCAGUGGAGAAGACGGCUGAGAAAGCUACUUUUCCUUCCAAGAAGGCCCCCCCAGCGGCGUGUGACGCGGCUGUGGCGGAUCCAGGGUUAGCAGACGUCGGCGAGCAGCAGCCACCGCCGCUUCCCGACAGCGAUAGCGUGUUCCCGGAAACACGGCAGCAGCCCGUGGACAUCUCCCAGGCCGUGACGGAGCGAAUCAAAGCUCAGAGGCGAUUGGCUGAGAACCCCUAUGACAUCAGCGCCAUUUGUAUGCUGAGCCGCGCGCAGGAGCAGGUGGACGCAUGGGCUCAGUCCAGUAACGUUCCCGGUCUGUUCACUGGUUCUACUGGAGCUCAGGUUCUCCGCUCAGAGGAGCUGUCCACCAGCGGACCGCAGGCCUGGCUCAAGAAGGACCAGUUCCUAAGGGCGGCUCCGGUGUCGGGGGGUGUGGGUGAGUUCCUCAUGAGGAAGAUGGGCUGGAGGACGGGCGAGGGCUUAGGGAGGAACCGCGAGGGGACGGUGGAACCCAUCGUCAUCGACUUCAAAGUGGACAGAAAAGGUCUUGUUGCUGAGGGAGAAAAGCCACAGAAGCAAACAGGAGGGCUGGUUGUUACCAAGGACCUGAUGGGGAAGCACCCGGUCUCCGCUCUCAUCGAGCUGUGCAACAAGAAACGGAUCGUGCAGCCGGACUUCGUCAUGGUCAACCACAGCGGCCCGGAUCACCGCAAGAGUUUCCUCUUCAAGGUGACGGUGAACGGCGUGGACUACCAGCCGCAGACCGCCAGCCCCAAUAAGAAGCACGCCAAGGCAAUGGCCGCCACCGUGGCCCUGCAGGCCCUGGGAGAGGUUCCCGUAGACGGACCUGGACUGUAUACCGGCCCGGUCUUCACUGCCGCCUCUACCGGCCCUCUUUUCUCCACGUAGAGCUGCUUCCUGUUUCCUGUUCCGCCUGGAACCGAGCCGCUCGGCUGAUUGUAUUGCAUGUCCUGUGCGUUUGUAAGUUCUGUAAAUAUGUACAGCGAGUCUCGUUUGAAUCUUUUCUCAGUCCAGACUAGCGGAAGCCUUCUAGCCUCCUGAUGUUGCAGUUUUAUCCUCCGAGGCUUUUAAAGAUGAUCAAUGCCUUCAUUCUGACGUUAUGCAAACUGAAAUAAAGAUUUUAUUUAUGUAACCUG